AUGCAAGGGAUCAAGUCGAUUUGGAGGACUCGGUCCCAAUUCAUCCGCCCAACAGCAUCUCGUCCACCUCAUCUGCUUCCAUGGCGCACCGCGGCGUCUCUUCCGCUGACGCUGGCCGCGGCUCGGCGAUGUGCAUCUUCAGCCGUCUCGACGAAUGAAUCGGCACCUGUGGGAUCACAAGAUGCUCUCGCAGAAGCUGGGACGACUCCCUCCGACACUACAGCCUCGCCUGUAAAGCCCACAAGCCUAAACAAUGCUCGGAAUCGCAUGUUUAGACAAGCCUUUCAGGAUAAUAGCCAGGCGCGGAGGGAGGACGUGGAGCGGAAGCUCACUUCGCCAUUUGUCCCCACGGUCAGGGACUAUCCGUCCGCACAUGCCGCUGAGGAGAGCAAGGUUCACGCGCUGCAGGUGGCGAGGGUGCAGGCUGCGUUUGACGUGAUAUGGCGGCAUUUUGGUCAGGCCACGCCGGACUGGUCCGAGACGUUUAACUUGCUCAAGAGGAUGAUGACCAAGAGGAGCGAGCCGUCGAGCAUGGCGGCUAUGAGAAUCGUUCUGCCCAAGUCGUGGAAGCUGGAGCUGGAGAGCAAGAAGAUUGAGUUUGUGGAUUCCACGACGGGGUUGCUCGCAAAGCUGCGUGUUUCGUCGGAUCACCAGGACCCCUCUGCGAUUAUCCUGCGCGGAAAGAGCUCUGUGUUGGCGAAUGCGGCGGAGGAAUUGGUGGCUGCGUGUAAGGAUGUUGAGGUGUAUAGACUUGGAGAGGUUGCGGCGUUUGGCUACGAGGAGAAGCGCCUGUGGCCCGCCAUCGAGGACGCGGCGGAUGGAGGGUCGUUUAUUCCCGAGGACAAGCUUGAUAACAUAUGGGUGCAUCAAGAACAUCAGACCUACUGGAUCGAUUCGCCGUACGAGCAGACUCCUAAACCGGAACAGUGGACAGUGGAGAGCCUGGACUUGUACAUUACGAUGCUUGUUUGUGGCCGGCUGCGUCCACACCUCGCUCUGCGUUACUAUGUAAGGCCGGAGAAAGACGGCACCUUUGUCGAUACGGAUGGGAUUAGAAUCAAGCUCAUCAUGGGUGCUCUCACGGACGACGGCGCCAGGGCCUGCAUUACACCGUCAAUUCUAAAGAUGGCCAUGUCGUUCAUGGCCCACAAGGGAGGCCAUCGAGCCGACGCAGAUCGACUGCUGACUUUGGCGGAGGAAUGGGGCAUUCCCUUGGACACGGAGGUUUUCAACAUCAUGCUUGAAGGCUACGUUACCAAGCGUGACGUUUCUUUUUUCCACUGGCUGCUUCGAAAGAUGGAGCAGCGCUAUUUCCAACCAAACGCUCGAACGUGGCUGUUGUUUCUUGAGCUUGUCGAAAAGGAAAUUGAAAGGAGGCAAAUCAUUGUGGCAAUGUACGACUUGGGGCUGUUCCAGGACCCGGCCACCCGCAGAGGAAUCGCGAGGAUCAUGGCCACGCACGACGCCUACGUCGCGUUCAGGUCGGGGAAACGGCUCGACGCUUUCAUGGCGGAGCAAAAGUCGCGAUAUGGCGAUGACUGGUUCACGGCGGACGCCAUGAACAGCAUCUUGACAGAGUUCUUCCGGUUCCACGAACGGGACAAUCGCCGCUACGACGAAUUCCGGAGCCUCAUUAAGAAGCAGUCUGAAGACGGCCGCAGGAUUGGCGCCGAUACUAUCAAUCUGGUGCUGGAAAAGUGCCUUGCGUACAAGGACUGGGAUACCGCCAUUUGGGCGCUCACCAAGCUUCACGAGUCGGGGUGCGAGGCGGAUGCUUUGACGUACCAGUACGUGAUUCGGCUGGCUAUUAGGAUGCAGCUGCCGCAUGCUCUCGGCGUGGCCGUCUUUUACGCUGCGUUGGAGUAUAAGCUGAGGGAUCUCACGCGUGUGAUUCUUCGUCGUCACCUCGUUGACCAUGUCAAGGAUACGUUUUGGCUACGACAUAAACCGAAGCUGCUGUCGAAGGAAAUGGGGCGUCUUAUCGUGAACCAAAAGGCACAGGGGCUGUCCAGAGUCGUUUCCCGUGUGGAAUGGGCUAUUAAUCACGCCUGUAAGGGGUAUAAGCCGGCGAAACCCCUUGUCGAACUUCUUGACGUUGCUCAGCGGACCAAGGAUUGGCCGCUGAUUCUACGGCAUAGGUAUCCUCAGUCUUUCCAGUACGAGGGCGCCGACGCCCCGACGGACGAUCUGGCGGUUAGGAUGGAGAGCGAGGUAGCUGGGGGGAAAUCGAUGAAUGUGCACUUGAACUGGCAUUUCGAUCCAAAGACUAUGGUGCAGAGGUGGAACGAGGAGAGGGAGAAGAAAUCCCAGGAAUGGCUUAACCGGAAUAGAAGGAAACCCAGAGAUGAGCAAAAGGCGCCCCAGCCCAGAGGAAAUGCUUGA